CUUUUCCACUUCACAUACCCGUUUGUGUUUUUGUGGGCUGUCGUCUUAUCACACAAAAAUGUUACUAGUUGUGUAGUUGAAGUUAAAACUGUGCUCUCUGUACAACACUGACUGGUUUGCUGUUUAAAGGGAUCUGCUGCUUUUUACUGUGACAAUGAACAAUGACAACUUUCCCUUAAAGUUUGGUGGAAGGUUCGCUAUGUAGCAAAGAUGGCCCUCUGUGCAGUCCUCCUUCUCCUUUGUGUGUUGGCAGUCUUUCACAAAGGUCUAGCAGCUGUGAUAGAGACUCAGCAGACUGUGAUGGCAGCAGUGGGAGAAGAGGCUCUUUUAAACUGUCAGCUGAUGCAACCUAAAGAUGUUGUUCAAGUCACAUGGCAGAAAAUUUUACCUGACAAGGAGCAGAAUGUCGCUACUUACACCAAAUACUUUGGUGAGAAAGUGAAUCCUGACUUUAGAGAUAAAGUGGAGUUUAAAUAUGCUGGACUGCAGAACAGCUCCAUAGUUAUCAGGAGGGUGACGGAGGAAGAUGAAGGAUGCUAUCACUGUUUGUUUAACUCCUACCCUGACGGAGCUCUGACUGGUUCAACCUGCCUCCAACUCUAUGAGCUGCAUGAACCCGUUCUACAUGUCAGAGAAUCAAACUCUCCUGAAGAGGCAGUUGUGUCCUGCUCGGCCACAGGUCGACCUGCUCCCACAGUAACACUGACUGUCCCUCACUACAACUCUACCAGUGUCACCAACACCAACGCUACAGUCACUGUCACCGCUACAGCCGUGCUGCCUCGUCUCCAUGGCAACAGCACACAGGUUGGAUGUGCAGUGCGAGUGCUCUCUGGUCCUCAGAUAGAGGUGUUUACCAUGAUUCCUGAGGUCACACUGUCGUCUGCUGAUGGUGUUGAUGAGGAAUCUGGCUCUGAUAACAGUGAUCACAAUGUCACUUUGAUCACUGUGUUGGUCGUGGUGUCCUGUGUUUGUGUUGCUGCUGCAGUCAUCAUCAUCAUCCUGCUUGUAAGGAAACAUCAGAACAGUGUGUCACACAGAGACUCUGAAGAGAACAAGACACCACAAAGAACAACCAAAGACACUGAAGAGGCCCACACACUGGUAGGCAAGAAGGACAACAAGCAGAUAGGACAAGAGACAACUCCUGAGAGAAAUGAGACAAGUGACAACCCAAAGCCGUCAUCUUCAACAGCAAGACAACUUCUUUUGGAACCAGGUCAACAAUUAAGUGACACAGAAUAACCUUCAAGACUGCAGUGCCAGUACUAAGACAGUCAAACCCGAACAUAAACUGAAAAAAGUGUUUUCCAAAGAACGUUUUAUAGUUCUUAUACCACUCCAUCUAUAUAUGAUCUUUUAAUAGCAUUUGAUAAUCAUUUUGAAGGGUUUAAUUUGUAUGUUGUUUGUUUGUUCAAGAAAUGUGAAACAAAUGAAGGUUUUUAAAAAGGUCACAAAUUCUUUGACAGUGAGGUAAGCUAAAACUCAGUGCAGCAUGUCUCUGGAAAGACCUCUGUGAUCUCUGUGUGAUAGUCUGGAGAACAUCAUGUAGCUCAGGAGGUGAGAGCAGGUUCAAUCCCCGGCUCCUUCAGUCUGAAGUAUCUUGGCAAGCCACAGGGCUGACACAUAGAGACAGACAACCAUUCACACUCACAUUCACACCUACAAUUAGAGUCACCAAUUAACCUGCAUGUCUUUGGACUGUGGGAGGAAGCUGGAGUACCUGAAGAAAACUCACGCUGACACAGGGAGAACAUGCAAACUCUGCACAGAGGGGUAGG